CGCACAGCUCUCUCUCUCUCUACUCGUCAAGUCAAAGUUCAAUCUCUCGUCAGGUUCGCUUCUCUUCUACGAAACAGACAAAUGCAGCACUGAUUGUGCUUCUUCUUCACCCUUCGUCGUCUCGCCUUCUCCUUGAGGGGCUUUGAUGUUCUAACGAUCGCCUCCAGGGUAGAUCUGGAUAGGGGCAAGGUGUCUGGGUCUACUUUGUUUUGAGAAUUUUGAAGCCGAAACAAAAUAUGGCAACUGCACUCGGAUGGAGAUUUUCAUCUGCCAAUGGCAAUGGCCUUGCCCCAAAUGAAACUGAGAGAAAUGGGGAUAUGAAAAUUCAAGAUUCAGAGCCCCCUACUCCACAUUCAAGCGCAAGGAUGGGUUUGAGAGAGCGCACAAACAGCAUGGAGGAUCCUGAUGGGACACUGGCUAGUGUUGCCCAAUGCAUUGAGCAGUUGCGCCAAAGUUCAUCAUCUGCGCAAGAAAGAGAGUAUUCUCUGAAGCAGUUGUUAGAACUUAUAGAUACACGUGAAAAUGCUUUCAGUGCUGUUGGAUCGCACUCCCAAGCUGUGCCAGUACUUGUUUCUCUCCUUCGAUCGGGAUCACUUGGAGUGAAGAUACAUGCCGCAACUGUUUUGGGUUCACUUUGCAAGGAGAAUGAACUUAGAGUGAAAGUGUUACUUGGGGGAUGCAUUCCCCCUUUGCUUGGUCUUCUGAAGUCCAAUUCAGUUGAGGGACAGAUUGCUGCAGCAAAAACAAUCUAUGCUGUUUCCGAAGGUGGGGUGAAGGACCAUGUUGGAUCAAAGAUUUUUUCAACUGAAGGAGUUGUACCAGUUUUGUGGGGACAACUGAGUAGUGGAAGCAAGAAGGGAGAUCUGGUCGAUGGUUUGUUAACUGGUGCUUUAAAGAACCUUUCUAGCACCACCGAGGGAUUUUGGUCUGAGACAGUUCGAGCUGGAGGGGUGGAUGUACUUGUGAAGCUGCUUGCAAGUGGGAAGUCGAGCACACUAUCUAAUGUGUGUUUCCUUCUUGCUUGCAUGAUGAUGGAGGAUGCGUCUGUGUGUACUAGUGUAUUGACUGCAGACAUUACAAAACAGCUUCUCAAAUUAUUAGGAUCAGGUAACGAAGCCUCGGUGAGGGCAGAAGCCGCUGGUGCUCUCAAGUCUCUUUCUGCUCAGUCUAAGGAAGCAAGGAAAGAAAUCUCUAAUUCUAAUGGUAUUCCUGCUUUGAUAAAUGCAACAAUAGCUCCGUCGAAAGAAUUCAUGCAAGGUGAACAUGCACAAGCACUGCAAGAGAAUGCAAUGUGUGCCCUUGCCAAUAUCUCCGGUGGUUUGUCGUAUGUGAUAUCGAGCCUUGGUCAAAGCCUUGAAUCUUGUUCCUCGCCUGCACAGACCGCUGACACUCUUGGGGCAUUAGCUUCAGCCUUGAUGAUAUAUGAUGGAAAAGCAGAAUCUACCAGGGCCUCAGAUCCGAUGGUCAUCGAGCAGACUCUGAUUAAGCAGUUGAAGCCUCGUCUGCCGUUCCUUGUGCAAGAACGUACCAUAGAAGCUCUUGCAAGUUUGUAUGGGAAUUCCAUACUCACUGUUAAACUCUCCAGCUCAGAUGCAAAACGUUUGCUCGUUGGUCUUAUAACUAUGGCAACGAAUGAGGUUCAGGAUGAGCUCAUAAAGGCUCUUCUGACACUGUGUAACCAAGAAGGUAGCUUGUGGCAUGCACUCCAGGGCCGUGAGGGAAUUCAGUUGUUGAUAUCUCUUCUGGGACUUUCAUCAGAACAACAGCAAGAAUGUGCAGUCGGACUUCUUUGCCUUUUGUCUAAUGAAAAUGAUGAAAGUAAAUGGGCCAUUACUGCUGCUGGGGGUAUACCUCCGCUUGUUCAGAUUUUGGAGACAGGUUCUGCCAAAGCACGAGAAGACUCUGCAACGAUCCUUAGAAACUUGUGCAAUCACAGCGAAGAUAUACGAGCUUGUGUUGAAAGUGCCGAUGCUGUCCCUGCUCUGCUAUGGUUGCUAAAGAAUGGUAGUCCAAAUGGGAAAGAAAUUGCGGCCAAAACAUUGAAUCAUUUGAUUCAUAAGUCGGAUACUGCAACUAUCAGUCAGCUUACUGCUCUACUGUCCAGUGAUCUGCCUGAGUCCAAGAUUUAUGUUUUGGACGCAUUGAAAAGUAUGCUCUCAGUGGUGCCACUGAAUGACCUGUUACGUGAAGGCAGUGCUGCAAAUGAUGCUAUUGAGACCGUGAUCAAGUUGAUGAGCUCGAUAAAGGAAGAGACUCAAGCUAAUUCUGCGUCAGCUCUUGCUGCCAUUUUCCAAAGCAGAAAGGAUCUGCGUGAGAGUGUUCUAGCCCUCAAAGCUCUUUCCUCGGCCGUAAAACUUUUGAAUGUGGAAUCUGAGAAGAUCUUAGUUGAGUCCUCUCGUUGUCUUGCUGCUAUUUUCCUUUCAAUUAAAGAGAGCCGCGAUGUUGCCGCUGUUGCUAGAGAGACAUUGCCUGCACUGGUUUCUCUUGCUAACUCCUCUGCUCUGGAGGUUGCUGAGCAGGGAAUGUGCGCAUUGGCCAAUCUUAUGCUGGACAGUGAAGUAUCGGAGAAAGUCAUUGCCGAAGAAAUUAUUUUGCCAGCCACGAGGGUUUUACGUGAAGGGACAGUGUCUGGAAAAACCCUUGCCGCCGCAGCGAUUGCUCGCCUCCUUGGUCGGCACCAGAUUGAUUCUGCAUUGACAGAUUCAGUGAACCGUGCUGGAACAGUUCUUUCCCUUGUUUCUCUUCUAGAGACUGCCAAUGGAACACCUGAUGCAAUAUCGGAGGCACUAGAUGCACUUGCUAUUUUGUCAAAGUCGAGAGCUAUGGGGAAUGUCAAACCAGCUUGGGCAGUUCUGGCUGAAUCUCCCAAUUGUAUGGCCCCAAUAGUUUCGUCUAUCGUUAGUUCUGUCAAUCCCUUAUUACAGGACAAAGCUAUUGAAGUGUUGUCAAGAGUUUGUCAGGAUCAGCCUCUGGUUUUGGGGAACAUGGUCAGCAAUGCCGCUGGUUGCGUACCGUGUGUAGCUAAAAGAGUAAUCAAUUCCGGAAACCCUAAAAUAAGAAUUGGCGGAGCUGCUGUUAUCAUCUGUGCUGCAAAAGUUAAUCAGCGGAAGGUGGUGGAAGAUCUUAAUGAGUUACAUGUGUGUACCAACCUCGUUCAAGCACUUGUGGAAAUAAUAAAUUCAUCUCAGACUUCUGUGCGAGACCAGGAAAAGGAUGGCCGAGAAGAUAUAUGUAUAUAUAUACAUUCUAAACAUGAAGGAGAAGAAGAAGUAGGAGAAAAAGAAGAGGAAGAAGAAACAGCAAGAAAUAGGGAGGGUCACAAGGGGGCAGCAGCUAUUUCGGGUGACAAUCUAGCCAUCUGGUUGCUCUCGGUACUUGCUUGUCACGAUGAAAAGAGUAGGAUUGUUAUAAUGGAGUCAGAAGGAAUUGAACUACUUACUGACAGAAUCAGCAACAGUUAUCUCCGAUUCACCCAGAUUGAUUAUGGAGAAGAUAGCAGCAUAUGGGUCAGCGCAUUACUGCUAGCCAUUCUUUUCCAAGAUAGAGAGAUCAUUCGAGCAAAUGCAGCAAUGAAGGCCAUUACAGUGCUCUCAAAUUUGUUGAAGUCAGAGGAAACAGCAGACAGAUAUUUUUCUGCCCAAGCAGUAGCCAGUCUUGUCUGUAAUGGCAGUAGGGGAACUCUCCUGUCUGUUGCGAAUUCCGGUGCAGCAGUUGGGCUUAUAACCUUACUUGGAUGUGCUGAUGUUGACAUAAAAGACCUUCUACAGUUGUCAGAGGAGUUCAGAUUAGAGCGUUACCCGGACCAGAUUGCCCUGGAGAGGCUCUUUCGGGUUGAAGAUAUUAGAGUUGGAGCUACUUCUCGAAAAGCGAUUCCCUUGUUAGUUGAUCUACUAAAGCCGAUUCCAGACCGGCCUGGUGCUCCACAACUUGCACUUAAUAUUCUAACUCAGCUUGCCAGAGACUGUCCGCAAAACAUGAUUGUCAUGGUGGAAUCAGGUGCCCUAGAAGGCCUCACAAAAUAUCUUUCUCUCGGCCCACAGGAUGAACAAGAGGAAGCUGCAACCGAUCUUUUGGGCAUCCUAUUUAGCAGUGCUGAAAUCCGAAGACACGAGUCGGCAUUUGGCGCAGUCAGUCAACUUGUAGCAGUUUUACGUUUAGGUCGAAGGCGUGCAAGGUACAGUGCUGCCAAGGCAUUGGAGAGCCUGUUUUCUGCCGACCAUAUAAGGAAUGCAGAGUCAGCUAGACAAGCUGUUCAACCAUUGGUAGAGAUUCUCAACACUGGUCUAGAAAGAGAGCAACAUGCUGCUAUUGCUGCGCUCGUUCGGCUGUUGAGCGACAAUCCAUCACGAGCGCUGGCUGUCGCGGAUGUGGAGAUGAAUGCCGUGGAUGUUCUCUGCAGGAUCCUCUCUUCAAACUGUUCGAUGGAACUGAAGGGUGAUGCGGCGGAAUUGUGUUACGUUCUUUUCGCGAAUACAAGGAUUAGGUCUACAGUUGCUGCAGCUCGAUGUGUUGAGCCAUUGGUGUCUCUCCUUGUAACCGAGUUCAGCCCGGCUCAGCAUUCAGUUGUACGGGCACUGGACAAGCUUGUUGAUGAUGAACAAUUGGCUGAACUUGUCGCUGCCCAUGGUGCAGUAGUUCCUCUCGUCGGCCUUCUCUAUGGUAGGAAUUACGCUCUUCACGAGGCUAUAUCCAGGGCUUUAGUGAAGUUAGGCAAGGACAGGCCUGGUUGUAAACUGGAAAUGGUGAAAGUCGGAGUUAUCGAUUGCAUACUCGAUAUACUCCACGAAGCACCGGAUUUUCUCUGUGCUGCCUUUUCGGAACUGCUCCGUAUUCUUACAAAUAAUGCUACUAUUGCUAAGGGACCAUCAGCUGCCAAAGUGGUUGAGCCACUUUUCUUCUUGUUGACAAGACCGGAAUUCAGCCCCGAUGGACAGCACAGUGUGUUGCAAGUUCUCGUAAAUAUCCUCGAGCAUCCACAGUGCCGAGCUGAUUACAAUCUUUCUCCGCACCAAACAAUUGAGCCGCUAAUUCCGUUGCUCGAUUCUUCAGUUCCAGCCGUACAGCAGCUGGCAGCUGAGCUUUUGUCUCAUCUGGUCUUGGAGGAGCAUCUACAGAAAGAUCCAUUGACACAGCAUGUAAUCGGUCCAUUAAUCCGUGUUCUUGGAUCCGGCAUACACAUAUUGCAGCAGAGAGCUGUGAAAGCUCUCGUUAGCAUCGCUCUAACGUGGCCAAAUGAAAUAGCUAAAGAGGGUGGUGUCAGCGAGCUUUCCAAGGUCAUACUGCAAGCCGAUCCAUCUCUUUCCAACAUGUUGUGGGAAUCGGCAGCAUCGGUUCUGGUGAUCAUUUUGCAGUUCAGCUCCGAAUUUUAUCUUGAAGUCCCCGUCGCCGUUCUCGUAAGACUCCUCCGCUCGGCCUCGGAAAACACAGUGGUCGGUGCACUAAAUGCUCUUCUAGUGCUGGAAAGUGACGAUGGGACAAGUGCCGAAGCAAUGGCUGAAAGCGGCGCCAUAGAGGCUCUCCUUGAUCUUCUAAGGUCUCACCAGUGCGAGGACACGGCUGCAAGAUUGCUCGAGGCACUUCUCAACAAUGUCAAGAUUAGAGAAUCGAAAGCCACGAAAACAGCCAUUUUGCCCUUGUCCCAGUAUCUCUUGGACCCGCAGACCCAGGCUCAGCAAGCACGGUUACUGGCAACUCUGGCCCUCGGCGAUAUCUUCCAGAACGAAACCCUAGCUCGAAGCUCUGACGCUGCUUCUGCUUGCCGGGCACUGGUCAAUGUCCUUGAAGAACAACCCACGGAAGAAAUGAAAGUGGUGGCCAUAUGCGCUCUGCAGAACCUCGUUAUGUAUAGCCGGUCCAACAAAAGGGCUGUUGCCGAGGCAGGUGGUGUCCAGGUUGUCUUGGAUCUGAUUGGUUCCAGCGACCCUGAGACAUCUAUUCAGGCCGCAAUGUUUGUUAAACUUCUCUUCUCUAAUCACACCAUUCAAGAAUACGCAUCCAGCGAGACUGUUAGGGCAAUAACUGCUGCAAUCGAGAAGGACUUAUGGGCAACGGGGACAGUGAAUGAGGAGUAUCUAAAAGCUCUAAACGCUCUGUUCAACAAUUUCCCGCGUCUAAGAGCCACGGAGCCCGCGACACUAAGUAUACCGCAUCUAGUGACGUCACUCAAAACAGGAUCAGAAUCAACUCAAGAGGCAGCCUUGGACGCAUUGUUCCUUCUAAGACAAGCGUGGACAGCUUGUCCAGCUGAAGUUUCCAGGGCACAGUCAGUUGCUGCCGCCGAUGCCAUCCCGUUAUUACAAUACCUUAUACAGUCUGGUCCGCCAAGGUUUCAGGAGAAAGCCGAGUUCCUCCUCCAAUGUCUUCCAGGAACUCUAGUGGUGACCAUCAAGCGCGGAAACAACAUGAAGCAAUCGGUCGGAAACCCUAGCGUUUAUUGCAAGCUCACCCUCGGCAACACUCCUCCUAGGCAAACCAAGGUGGUCUCGACGGGUCCUAACCCAGAAUGGGACGAGAGCUUCGUCUGGUCAUUCGAGAGUCCUCCAAAAGGCCAGAAACUUCACAUCUCAUGCAAAAACAAAAGCAAAAUGGGAAAGAGCUCGUUUGGGAAAGUAACGAUACAGAUCGAUCGGGUGGUGAUGCUGGGAGCGGUGGCAGGGGAAUACACUUUGUUGCCGGAGAGCAAAAGCGGACCCAGGAACCUCGAGAUUGAAUUCCAGUGGUCUAACAAGUAAGUUAAAACCCCACACCUCUUUCCUCUCCCUUUUUUGGGUGGAUUUUUCUGUUAGGACGAAAGAAAAAGAUGAGAAUGUUGGCAAAACCUCCUUUCCCCCUUUUCUAAGUGUGUAACGUGAUGUGUAUUUAUAAAGCCAGUGUAUAUAGUAUAGUUUGCCACCGUUACAUGAAUGAAUUCUCUCUCUCUUUUGGAUUUUUGGGGUUAUUAUUUGUAGUGAUUCAAUUCAUUUGUAACAUUUCGGGUGUGCCCUUAUGACAGAGAAAAAGAAACAAUUAUGUCUCA